AUGCUACCCGGUAUUAGUUUUUUAAAAAAGGUGUUUGGGAACACUCAUAUCGGCCCGUCAUCUAUCUUAAAUUUUCAUAUCAUUCAAAGAAUUGCAAUCAUUCCAGAACCCAAUCUUGCAAUUAGGCUCAUCUAAGAAGGUUCAGGACACAAAGAAUUAAAGUAGCGAAAGUAUUAGCGCUUUGGCGGACUUAAAUUCGAAACUAAGUUUUUUCAGCAGGAUCCCUUAUUAUGGGCUAGUAAAAGUCUUAUACCCCUUCAUAAAGCCAAUAUUAACCGUGCUGAAAGAAGGUUAAGUUAAGUAAUGCUAUAAGAUGGCCCUCUCUUCCCUUAAAAAAAAAUAUAAAUAGGUAAUUAAUUAGGUAACUUAAAUGACAGCUAGACACUAAAGAAGACAAAGAGACUCAAAAAAUAAAAUCAAAUAACAUAAAUAAAAAGAAAAAAGAAUUUUUAAGGCUUGAGAUGA